CCAGUUAGCACGGCCACACGACACCCAAUCCUUCGACCUCGUCGUACUCGUACAGGAACACCAGAACAUCCCCAAUCGAGCGGAGCAGCAGCGAGAGUAACCUAGCCGUCGCCGGCUCGCCGCCACAAAGCUCCGCCUCGCCGGGCCGCCGCCUCGUCGCCGAAGAGCUCUGCCUCGCCGGGCCACCGGCCGCGGGCACCUAUGGGCGAACGGAAAGAAGCAACGGUGCCGAGCGUGGCCUGUGUGGGAGGAGGCAGCGGCGGCAGUGGAUCGAGAUCGAGCUCAUGCAAACGCGCAUCUGCUGUUUGCAAAAUCAGCAAGCGCAGCCAGCAGGGGAUCUUUAAGAAGAUGAAGCCAAUUGCUGCUUAUUUUGGAACUCCACCAUCUAAUGAAUUUCAAGCUCCUGUUCAUGUUCCUGAACCUGAUGCGAACAUUUUAUCCACUGAAGCCUCAGAUGCAAACAUUGUAGAAGAUCUAGUUCCUGAACCUGAAGUGUAUAAUGAGGGCUCUCAUGAUAACACUUUACAAACUUCUAUUCUAGGAUUUAGU